AUGCUCUUGACUAGCAGAUGGCACUUUCUCAAGUUGUCUCGCAGUAUAAAAAUUCUGCGCCUCAUCAAUAUUUCAGUCUUACAGAUAUUCUUCAUUCGAGACUGUGAAACACGGAAAACAUGAGAGUCGCAGUUUAUUUUCUUGCAUUCGUAAUUGGCUAUACUUACGCCACCACUUGUACAACUACGUCAGACUGUGAUACAUCAAUAACGUCUUGUUCCUCUGGCUACACUCUGACAUGCCAUAAUACGGGAUCAGGCAUGCACUGUGUUUGUGUUGGUGACAGUGGACAAGGGGCCCAUACGUGCACGCAACAGAGUGAUUGUAGUAGUGGUCACAAUCAUGGAUGUCACGGCGGCAAUGACUGGCACUGUGUGGACGGACAUUGUACCUGUGGCAAUGGUGGCCAUGGCGGACAUCAUCCAGGAGGACAAGGAGGAAAAUAGAUUUUCGUUGUAUAUAAAAUGCAUAAACAAAUACAUAAAUGAAUAAUUA